CUGUGUGUGCUAAGGUUCCUCUCCCUUUAUUUGAGAGACUGCAAGUGUUGCUGUCUGCUUGUGAGUGAGAGAGAGGAGAACGUAGCAUUCUCAUCUCCCCCCUCAGGCUUUCCCUGUUUCCUUGUUCCUUGUCAACCCUUUCCUCCCUCCCGGACCAGCACCCAUCUCAAACUGGACCGACCCAAACCUUCCCGGACCCUCCACCCACUACAAUCCCUUGGGACACCUCCUUAACUUCAUCCUCCCUUCUGAACCAGCUCUCCUCGGUGUGUUUUGAGUCGAAGUGCUGAGCGUUGAGUGUAAGGAGGCUGCUACUGCAUCUGGUUGCACACGUUUCCAAACUCGGCUGAGUUGCAGAGGGACUGGUCGAUGAGCUAAAAUUGUUCAAGCGAAACCUCAUUGCAGCAACAGAAUUUUAAAGUCUGCUUGAAGUGUGAAGGCGCAAAGGUCACAUGACCUGGAAGGGAAAACCCAAGAGACCUUUGGGAUCACUCAGUGGUUGGCAACACUUUUAAUAGUGGGCUGGAUUUCAACCUGGAAAGAAGUCUAACGGCUGAUGAAUUAACCCCCUGCAAAACCCAGUGGCAGGUCACCUCAACCUCCUACCUUCCUAUCAUCCACAUUCAUCCUUAUGCAUAGAGCCUAGCAGCUGUGUGCAGCAUUGGUGACUUUCUGGUUGGCUGCUCUACCAUCCACUCUCAUCUUGUCCCAGGGACUCCAGUGUCGUGACCACACUCCUGCUUUACCUCACCAUACAAAAUGGAAUCCAAAGCCUCAGAAGGCGGGCUGAAUGUUACCCUCACCAUCCGGUUGCUUAUGCAUGGCAAAGAAGUUGGAAGUAUUAUUGGCAAGAAAGGAGAAACAGUAAAGAAAAUGCGUGAAGAGAGUGGAGCACGGAUCAACAUCUCUGAAGGAAACUGUCCGGAGAGAAUCGUCACUAUCACUGGCCCCACUGAUGCAAUAUUUAAGGCCUUCGCAAUGAUUGCUUACAAGUUUGAAGAGGACAUCAUUAACUCAAUGAGUAACAGCCCUGCUACCAGCAAACCUCCCGUGACGCUUCGAUUGGUGGUGCCUGCCAGUCAGUGCGGAUCAUUGAUUGGGAAAGGAGGAUCCAAAAUAAAGGAAAUUAGAGAGUCAACAGGAGCCCAAGUUCAGGUGGCAGGGGACAUGUUACCCAAUUCGACCGAGCGCGCUGUGACAAUCUCUGGAACCCCCGACGCCAUCAUUCAGUGUGUUAAACAGAUAUGUGUGGUCAUGUUGGAGUCCCCACCGAAAGGUGCCACCAUCCCCUACCGCCCAAAGCCCGCCUCCACCCCCGUCAUUUUUUCAGGUGGCCAGGUAAGAGCCGACCCGCUGGCGGCGUCCGCAGCCAACCUCAGCCUUUUACUGCAGCACCAGCCACUGCCUGCCUUCACAAUUCAGGGACAGUAUGCCAUUCCACAUCCAGAUCAGUUGACCAAGCUCCACCAGUUGGCUAUGCAGCAAACCCCUUUUACUCCCCUUGGACAGACCACCCCUGCUUUCCCUGGUAUGGAUGCCAAUCCCCAGGCCAGUACUCAUGAACUCGCCAUUCCCAAUGAUUUAAUAGGCUGCAUAAUCGGGCGCCAGGGAACCAAAAUCAACGAGAUCCGUCAGAUGUCUGGAGCGCAGAUCAAAAUUGCUAAUGCCAUGGAAGGCUCAGCGGAACGUCAGAUCUCCAUUACAGGAUCCCCCGCCAGCAUAAGCCUUGCCCAGUACCUCAUUAACGCAAGGCUGACGUCUGAGGUCACUGGAAUGGGCACCCUCUAAUUUCUACCCACCAUCCUUCACUGCAUCACCUGACCCUCCUGAGCCAAUGGCAUUGGACCUAGUUUGUUCUCUCUGUAUUCUGCUGUCCUGCAUUUGAGUGAUAAUUACUUAUUUAUAUAAAAUAAUCUAUGCUUAUAUUUAAAUACCCCAGUUCAGUGUCCCUUCUCCCAUACCCAGAAUUAAUAGAUGCCCCAUCCCUGCUUGUCCAUAGUUUGAAUAAGACUCUUUUUUGACACUCUAGUACCAUAAUUGACAACAGUGGUCACUGCAUAAACAUCCUUUUUGCCGUACUGUUUUUCUAUUUGUGUUGUGCGCUGCAGACAUGCGAUUGGCAAAGAAUGGUGGUUUUAAAAAAAUGAUGCAAUAUUGCCAUAUAAUAAUUCAUAAUUUUCUCAAACCACAGAUCACCCAGAUACCAGAUGCAUAGAUGCAGCUAUGCAUAAGGUGGAAACAUCAGUGCAUCCUUUCAUAGGAAUCUAGAAAUCUUUAGGGUGUUCCCAGGUAUGAUCCCAAAUAGAUAUACUGUACCAUAGUUUAUACAAUCAGACUGAACCAAAUGUUUUAGGGCCACGGAAUGUUUAAGGGUUCGGUCCAGAACCCAGGGAGGUAGGUUUGGACUUUUUUUUUUUUUUCAAACUGGUCUUCCUACCUCUCGAACAUGAUUGUUUUUCUUUUUUGAUGUCUGUUUUUAUAACCAAUAAGAUGUUGUUUUCUUUUCAAAUAAGCUGCAUUGAUGACGGACAAUGUUUGAGAUUUCAAACAUUUUUUUUCCUGGUCUCUUUUCCUACCCUCAGUGCUCACUGAACUGGUAUUGACAGGCAGUGGGUAUAAGCUGUAAAUUGUCAAGUGAAGCUAGUAAAGUGACAUGAGGUGGGCUUUGAAACAGACCCAAGCUUAUCUUCACUCAUAGAUUUGAGAAAGAAACUAAUGAGAGAAAUGAAUGUAGCACCUUCAGUAGUUUAAUAGGAAUUUAACAUCAGUUUGGAAGCAGAUAUUGUGUGAAACUACAUUGUUUCAGAUUUUAAAAAAAUGUCUUAAGUUAUUUUAAGUUUGGACAAUGUUAUUUUGACCAUUCAUUUUAAAUUAUAUGACGUGUGUGUCAUGCAUCAGUAAUAACAUAUUAAUGUGUUGCACUGCAGGUAGUAAAGUAUGUAUCUUAGAUCUGAAUUCCAACCGAGUUCUUUUCAACAAAAAAAAAACUACGUUUUAAUGUGAAUCAUUUUCAAUGCAGUUCAGAAUUGGCAUUCUGAGAGGUGAUUUGAGUUUUCUUGGAAAGUAGUGAAUAGUAUGCACAGUGUGAAUUUGUACUACUCUGCAAUGUACAAUACAAUAGUGUACUAAACUAUACUAUAGAGCAGUGGUUCCCAAACCUGGUCCUGGGGACCCCCUGUUUCUGCUGAUUUUCAUUCCAACUGAGCUCUCAAUU